GACGUAACAUUGUUUUAUAACCGUUUACAAUUCACUAUCGCCAUUCUUUUCGCCAUUGAAGACCAACUUGUCUAUCGCCUACAAUUGCAAUCUCCAUCAUCAAGGUCUGACAAAAGAUGGAAACGGCUCCGCUCACUCUCAAGGUCUUACAUAUAUCCCCCUUGACUCUCAUUCCAACAUCAAACCCCGAUGCAUCAGCUUCCAUCCCACCUAUUCCUCUCCCGCCGCCUCCGCCUCCCGCAGGAUUCAACUUUUCGCCCACGCCCAACUACCCACCACCCUUCGGCUCGAUCCCGUUAGGUUCCAAACUCGACCUUAGAGUAGGCCUCGAGAAUGUCCAUCGGCAGCGGUAUGGCGUGCAUGGAGUAAGGAUGAUGGUGGAGGUCCAAUCUGCGUCAGGUCGAGUGCGAUUGGGUGAGGCCAUACAUGGUCAAAUAUCCGACACUUCCAGCGAACAACCGCUUCAAGAAGGGCAGGAAAGUCAGUUACCAGAACUCAAGUUUGGCGAAAUGGUUGAACUGGGGGUGGAGAGUGAGAUGAAGGACCUAGGUUUGGGUGUCGUGAUUGUGAGCGUAGCUUGGGAGACACUGGAUGGGCGAAAGACAUUUCAAAGGUUCUUCAAGUUCAACAUUAUAACACCUCUGGGAAUCAAGACUCGGGUUCAGAUACCCUCCCAUCCUAAUUCAACACUUUCGCUUUCUCUGCGCGAACAGACUUACCUCGAAGUGUUCAUGCAGAACACAUCCCUCGAAAGUAUGCUCAUAUCUGGGAUAUCGCUGGAACCAGUAGAAGGAUUGAAGGUGAACAAAAUAGGAGGCUCGGAGAUGGACGGCGAGGAACUGAUAGUAGGGGGCACGAGGCAGUAUCUGUUUGUGGUUGAUUCGUCUCCAUCAAAUGACGACGAAGGUGCGAAACAAGGCAAGUCUAUAUUCCCACCAACAUAUCCUGCGGGCGCAGUGCUCCCUCUUGGAAGACUAUUGGUUGAAUGGAUUUCGGGUCCUUAUCAUACCCCUGGUAAACUCCUUACUUCUAUGCUCAAUCGUCGUGCCCCUGCUCCCCGGCUUCCUUCAAUCACUCAACCUCAUCCCACACCCACCCGAACACUGAGUGCAGCCCCGCCCACUCCCAGCAAAGGGCCAACAGCUCUUGACACUGGCUCUGGGACACUCGCCACACCUCGGCGAGGGCUUAGCCCCAAUCCCGAUUCAAUACCUUCCCCGCGACACCGUCCGCUACCAUCUCCUUCACCAAAGUGGGCAUUCGAUUUGACUUUAAAUGGUUCGCGAAAAGUCCCUUUGCAGUCUGAGUGGUAUCUCACACUCAAUCUUGCGGUGCGAUCGGCAGCCCCUAUCCAGGAUUCCUCAGAAGAACAAGCAGUGCCUACACUACCACGAUUAGGUAUACAGUACUUAACACCAGUCGAACCGCCUCUUGUAGAUGGUGCGCAAUCGGAAACAGACCACAGUAGACAGUCACAGCAAGGCAAUCCUCAGAUGAUGCUCUCUCCACCCUCCCGCACUUCCACUCCCGCUUCACCGGCAUUAUCCUCCGCCGGCCGCCCAUUGUCGCCAUUCACAACCACUUCAACGGCAUCAACAUCAAUCGCUGGUAUCUCCGGAAUAAGCAGAUCUACCACUCCUUUGAGAGCAGAGUUGAAAUCUGCAGUGGGCAGCAUGAUUGGGCCGAACCCUUUUACGAGCGCUUUUUUCAAAAAGAUACAGACCGCCCCUGAUGACGACCAGGAGGAGAAGGAAUCUAGGGCGUCUUUUCCCCCUAUAGCCAGUGUCGUACCCAACCCCGAUUACAAACCUUCCGCAUCUCUAGAUAAAAGCGCAGGCCCUGUGCAAAUUUACCACAUCGGAUCUUCGCUCAUCUUCCCCGAUUUCCCGCCUCUUACUCCCAAAUUUGAGAAUCUUGGGCUACAACCACUGUCUGCUGGUGGAUCAGAAAAGAAAGAGAGGGAAAGCGAAAAAGUAGCAAAGAAGUAUUGGGAGACGAGUGUGCAGUGGCAAUGGAAAUUUGUUGGAUUUGAAGAGGGACUCGGAGUACUGGGAGGCGCGAGAGUUCUGAUUUCUGAAGGUGAAGAUGAAGGCGUAAUUGGACGGGAGUGGGAGUGUUUGGGGGAUGUCACGGUGUCGUGACUGCGUGUAUUGACAUAUACUCAUUCCAACUAUGCCCGAUGUGC